AUGUCCGCCAAGAAACGCUCCCGCGCAUCAUCCAUAGCCUCCAGCGAGAUGCACUCGAACCACCACUCGCCAAGCUCGAGCCACAUGGGUGCCAGCGGCGGAGUGGGUGCCUCGUCCAGCCGCGGGGCCAGCGCUCUCCCGGCGUCCGGCCCGUUGGUGCACGCAUCGCAAGACCUCGACGACUUCCAGGCUUCCUUCUGGCGCUACCAGAUGGACCUUGUCGAGCAGGGUGGUGAUGCAGAUGGCAACGUCGUCGACUUCAAGUCUGGCUUGCCUACGCAGGGCCAGCUGCCUCUGGCGCGCAUCAAAAAGGUCAUGAAGGCCGACGACCAGGUCAAGAUGAUCUCGGCCGAGGCACCUAUCCUCUUUGCACGCGCCUGCGAGAUCUUCAUCUCGGACCUCACCUGCCGCGCCUUUCUGAUCGCAGAGGAGCACAAGCGACGCACCAUCCAGCGUUCGGAUAUUGCUGGUGCCAUCGGUCGUUCGGAUCUGUUCGACUUUCUGAUUGACAUCGUGCCAAGGCACGAGAGCGUGCCCAGCAGCAGGCUGCCGGGUGGAGGUGCUGCCAAGCGUGAAAAGACGGGCGAAGGCAAAGGCGUGGGUCGAGCCAGCGCCAACAGGCGGCCGCAACAGCAUCAACCACCGUCGCAGCCGCAACACCCGCAGGAUGCCAGCUCAUACGACGACUCGGUGCUGCGUGCCGUCUCGGGCGCCUAUGCAGACGCAGAAGGCGCAGCUGCCGACUCGCUCAACAUCCCGCACACGGGCGGCGCAAGUGCACCGCUGGACGCGGCGGCUAGCAGCAGCAGCAUGGCACACUGGAUCCACGACACGUCAUCCGCCGACGAGCACUCGUCGCAGCCCGACAUCGGCUCGCAUGCGCAUCAUUCGCAUCACUCGCACCACCACGCCUCGGCACAGUCGCAUUCGCAACACGGCACCCAUAGCCCGCACGAGCUGCACCACCACCCCCAUCCGCACCAUCCUGCACUUUCACACGCCGGCCAUCACUCGCACCACCACCACUCGCCGCUCGACUACGUCGCCUCCAACGCCGGCACGCCCAACAGCAUCGGCUCGAGCCCCCGCAAGCUUGGCAGCCUGUUCGACGUGUCUUGCAAGGCAAACAAUCUCAUGCGCCAGCGUCUCGGGCUGGCGGUACAGCAAGGACGCAAAGCCCACGGAAAGCAGCACCUCUUUUCGGAUGCAGUUCUCCGGGGCGUAUUGUGGGGUAUCACAUGCCUGACAGAAGCAGUCCAACGCACCUUCCACCUCGUCGACUUCCGCGGUGAACAUCCGAGGCUGCAUUCCUCUGCUGGUCUUCCCGACUCCGGGAGGCCGCAUCCGAAAUUAAGGCUCCCACGCCAUCUCCAGAGUGACGUGGAGACAUCCGAAGGGGGACGGCAGAGGAGGCCGUAUGGCGAGUGGGUUACGGCAAAGCAAGCCGAGUGGUCAACGUCGCGCACUGGCAUGGCAGGGUCUGGCUCGGCUAGCUGGGGCAAGCCCCCCUCGCACGGUGCAAAUCCUGCACACCCGUGGCUCAUUGCCUUUGGUGUCCUCACCGUCUAUUACUGGACCGUCCAGCUGCUGCGCUACAAGCACUACCGCCAUAUCCAUCAGCGCUAUGGCGGACGCUACGCCAUCGACGGCGAGCCCGCUAGCAAGGGAAAGCCGCGCAUGAUCGAUUCGUAUCGCGGCGUGCGCGAUGCGCAGCGAAUCGUGCGACUCGCCGCAAGCAUGGAUCAUCCCUUCGUCUUUACAAAGUCGCUCGAGUUUGCGCUCUUCCGCACGUACGGCAUCCCGACCAUCUCGUCACUCCUCCUGCAUACGGGCCAGCUGGGCAAGGCCGACAAUGCCGGUCGCCGAUACGUCGAUACCUCGGGCCUCAUCCAGUCCUUCAUGACCUUCCCCGUCCCCAAGCUCGAUCUUCCGGACGGCGGCGAGUCGAGUGCAUCCGCAGCUGACCGCCAGGGUUGGGAGCACUUUGGCGAGGACCCGGACGAUCCAAGGUCGUCAAUCGCGUUGGCGCGCGUCAAUUUUCUACACGGCCGAUGGAAGAGCAAGAUCUCCAACGACGAUCUGCUGUAUACGCUGAGCGUGUUCAUCAUCGAGCCGGCCAAGUGGAUCGACCGGUACGAGUGGCGCAAGACGAGCGCGCUCGAAAAGGAGGCGCUGUUUGCGCUCUUCUACCACAUCGGACGCUGCAUGGGCAUCCAAAACAUCCCCGAGACGCGAGAGGAGCUCAUAGAAUGGAGUCUCGCCUACGAGCGGAACUACAUGAAGUUCGAGCAGUGCAACCACGAGGUGGCGCAGCACACCACCGCGCUGCUCAUGUAUGCGCUGCCCAGCUUGCUGCACGGCUUUGCGACGCAUCUCGUCGUCUCGCUCAUGGACGAGCGUCUGCGGGAGGCUAUGGGAUACCCCUCGGCGCCCGGAUGGGUGAUGAGCUUCAAAGACACAUUCUUCCGCCUGCGCGCUUUGGUGGUGGGCUCGCUCAUGCUCCCGCGAUCCAAGCCGCUCGCCAACAUCCCCAUCGGCUCCGACGAGGCUGGCAAGGUCUUCUCCGUCGAAACCCUGCUCAGCGAAGGCAUCCCCGGCGUCUGUCCUGCCUCGGGCAUCCGUGCUGACCAGGGCAAGACCUGCCCUGUUGGCGGCCACUCCCACGCCGAGAAACCCGCAGAGGGAGGCUUCAAGCCCGCUGCAUGGCGCAUGGAGCUGAAGUGGUACGAAAACGAGCCAGCCUACGCACGUCCCUUUGAGCCCUGGUCGGCCGGCUGGGUCGUCGAGGAGGCCAAGAUUGCACUCGGCCUGCUAAGAAGCGAGGACCGACGCGGCGCGCAAAAGUGGAUGCCCGUCACCCUCCCCGUGCCCAAGACGCUGCAGCAAGGCAAAGACGCCGGCAAGCCGAUCGCUGGAUUUGGCGGAUUCAGGCUCGAGGAGAUGGGUCCCAAGGGCCUCGAGCUCAAGGGCAGGAACGAGGUGCUUGCCAACGCGGAGAAGCUCCACGGAACCAAGCUGCAGGGCAAGUGGGCCUUCGAGCCUUGA